AUGGCUCCUUCAACAGUUAUAUGUAUCGGCAUGGCCGGUUCUGGAAAGACGACGUUCAUGCAGAGAUUGAACUCACACUUGCACGCUAAAAAAACGCCUCCUUAUGUAAUCAAUCUCGAUCCAGCUGUUCUAAAAGUUCCUUUUGGAGCUAAUAUCGAUAUCAGAGACUCGGUCAAGUACAAGAAGGUCAUGGAAGAAUACAAUUUGGGACCCAAUGGAGCAAUUGUAACCUCGCUCAAUUUGUUUUCCACUAAGAUCGACCAGGUUAUCAAGCUUGUAGAAAAAAGACUGGAGUCGGUUCAGAAUGUCAUCAUCGAUACUCCUGGACAGAUAGAGUGUUUCAUAUGGUCUGCUAGUGGGGCCAUCAUUACUGAAGCCUUUGCUUCAACCUUCCCAACUGUAGUUGCUUAUAUUGUAGAUACACCAAGAAACUCGUCGCCUACCACUUUCAUUUCCAACAUGUUGUACGCUUGUUCAAUUCUCUACAAAACCAAAUUGCCAAUGAUUAUUGUCUUCAACAAGACGGAUGUUAAGAAAGCUGACUUCGCUAAGGAGUGGAUGCUGGACUUUGAGGCUUUUCAGAGUGCUUUAAAGAAUGACCAGGAAUUGAACGGAGAAGAUGGUACUUCAUCUGGCUACAUGAGCUCGUUGGUUAACUCGAUGUCGCUUAUGCUUGAAGAGUUCUACUCGCAGUUAGAUGUAGUAGGUGUAAGUUCGUAUACUGGGGAAGGCUUUGACGAAUUUUUGUCUGCUGUAGACAACAAGGUAGAUGAAUACAAUGAAUACUACAAGGCCGAAAGAGACAGAAUAUUGAAGAAGAAAGAGGAAGACGAAAAGAAGAGACAGGCCAAGUCCUUGAACAAGUUGAUGAAAGAUAUGGACUUGAAAGACAAACAGAAUAAGGAUACUGAGGUGUUGUCUGAUUACGAGGACGAAGAAGAUGACAACAACGGUGAAGUAGUCAGGGAUGAAGACGAACCAGAAAGAGAAUACACCUUUCCAGAAGACAGAAACUCUGAAGUCAACGAACAUACUGAUGCUGACUUACAGGCUCGUUAUCAAGCAGCUUUUGAUCAGACAUCGAAGUCUGCUUCUACUGAUACUGCGGAAAAAAUCGCAGCUUAUAUCAGAAGAUGA